AAAAAUUAAGAUAUUUAUCACUUGUGUUUUUGCUUGUUCAACAUCUCUUCCCACUUCCUGUUGGCUGACACUUCUGAAUGACUUCAAAGUGUCUGCUGCACAUUUAGAAGAACACCCGAAAUCGGAUUUGCCUACAGUAUGAGCUUCAAUACGUCUGUUGCCCAUCAAUCCAAAGUUUACCAUGAGAAAACUACAUUGGACAUUGUCUGCUACACCAUCAUUGUUCUCUUAGGCACCACUGGGAACUCUGUGGUCAUCUGGGUGGCCGGCAUCCUUUUGAAACCCAGCAUAAACAACGUAUGGCUGAUCAACCUUGCCGUGGCUGACCUGAUCUUCUGCAUGACACAAAUGACCUCUCUCAUCAAGAUUUUCAUUGGCUACUGGCCUUUUGGAGACUUUAUCUGCAAGUUAAAGGGCUUUUUGAUGUAUGCCAACAUGUUCUGCAGUGUUUUUCUUCUGGCUGUCAUCAGUGUGGAUCGAGUGAUCUGCGUGUGGUGCCCAAUAUUUACCAGGAAGAGACGGACUUUAUAUGCUGCUCGUCUGAUCAGUUUGGGGGUUUGGAUUGUGGCAGUGAUCUUCAGUUCACCAUACUUUGCAUUUUGGAAGGUCUACCUUGACAAAAACAACAACAGCAGAUGCUUAGUAAAGAGACAAGUAAAGGGCAGCGAGACUGAGUAUUUUACCUACAUUCGCUUCUUUUGUGGAUUUCUUUUUCCUUUCCUGGUGAUCUUCAUCUGCUACACACUGGCUGCUAUUGGGAUUCGCAGAACGAGACUCUCCGGCAAAUCAAGGCCUCUCCGGAUUCUCGCUUUAUUGGUUGUUGCAUUUUUCUUAUGCUGGGCACCUUAUCACAUCCUACGUCUCAAAAAGCUAUGGAAUAGAACCGACACAUAUGGGAUAUGGCAUAUGGCUACAAACUUAGCUUAUUUUAACAGCUGUGUGAACCCAAUUCUUUACUUUUGCAUGGGACUGAAUCUCAGGCGACGCAGCGGUCAAAGCCUGUUUGGGAUUUUUCACAGAGCUCUUAAAGAAGGUCAAAUUCUGUCACAGAACACCACAAUAGAGGAAUGUUCAAGUAGACCUUUAUCACUAGAAUUGGAACCUGUGUCACCACCAUGUUAAGUUAAUUACAGAUACAAAUUUUAAACUAUUAAAAUGCUCUUGUCUCAUUGAAUGGUUCUUCUUUAUAUCUGUAGUGUCCUUUCCUAAGACUUAAAACUUUUUAUUACAUUUAUCACAUAGUAUUUACUUUGGUCCUUUUUUGUAUUUUAUAGUAAUAGAUAAUAUGUCUAUUUUGAUAAAGUAAAUGACACAUGAUGGAAUGACUGAGCUUUGUCACUUUUUAAAUUGUACCGAAUCCUCCGAUGCAACAGAAUGCUUAUGAAGAUGUUUUUC